UAUCAACCCAGACUGAAAUACAUGUGUACAGUAUCAAUUCAUAAACUGUUAAUUCGAUUAAAGUCUAAAAAUAAUCGCGUCUUGCUGUCUAUGCCUGUUCCAGUUCCCUGGAGGCCAUCGCCGAUUUGACGUCUCGCGCGUUUAUCGAUGUUCCAUAUUUAAAAAUUUGAAAAGUCAAUUUUCAAAAGCGCGCUAAAAAAGGCGCCAGUUUUGUUUCGUUUGUGGUUGUGAUUAAAAAAAAAACAUGACUCGGAAAUUGUACGUGGUCUUCUAUUUGUUGAUCAUUUUUUGGGAAAUCGAUGGGAAAAGUUCGGAAGAGAGGACUCAGGAAACACGCAGUGUAAAGAGUGAUGCCACCGCGCUUAUAUUUGCUGAUGAGUUCAAACAGACAAUAGAACGAUAUUUGUUUGGAAUAUGCCCGCAGCCAUAUAAGUCCCGUUGGUUGCAGAUGCCACUCGGCAACAAGAACAAGAACGGGACCACCUUCACGUGUGACCUGGACACUGAUCAGCAGGACUUGGCGGGGAGGCUAGCAACGCUCUCGCUUCGCGCGCACUCCGCGUCCCGCUCGGACUGUCUGCGGCUCGGCGCGGUGCUCGCGAACACGCUCGGCGAACUCGCGCGAACUGCGGCGAGCAGACAGAUAUAUUUGUCUACAUCAGCCGCAGAAACAAAGAAGAGGAAACUGUCGAAAAGCCAAAAGAUGCAAAUCAAAGCGAAACAGCGAACUGCACUCGCUGUCAAGAAGAAGGCGGCCGCUGCAGCUGCCGCUGCUGCUAAUAAAGUGCCAGCUUAAUUGAUAAAAUAAAAUAAAAAUAAAAAAGAGCGUGUCACACACGUGUCAGAAGUGAAACAUCUUUGUCAAUAUUCAAAGGUACCAAAAUCGUCGCCUUACUCCAUGACGUAACGGUAUUGCCAUGACGCGACCUUGAAAUUUUAUUCUCAUAGCGCCUGAAGAAGUUUCACUUCAAAAAUAAAAAUAAAAAGGUCCUAGAAUUUUCGCAUAUAUAGAUGUAAAAUUUCAUUGUUUAGUGCCAAAGCAACUCUAUCAAUAAUAAUCAUGAGUUGAAAUCUCUCAUAGCGCUUCCUCCGAGAACACCCGAGAAGCGUGAAUGUGAACAGUUUCUCGUCUUCUCGUUCUCGUUCUCGUCUGUUCUCCGUUUUUGGCUAAAACAUAAUGACAGUAUGCACUAUGCAAUGGCAGUUGGCACAUAAAGUCAAUCCUGCUGCCGUCUCCGUAGCGUCGUCCAUAUCGGUUGGGAACUUGGGAGCGAGAUGACUAAUGAGAACAUUUGAGUCUUUUGAGAAUGUGAAUACUUGCUUGUUCUCGGCAAAAAGUCUUGGCGAGACUUCUCGCAUGAGUCUGGAGGCCCUAUCAGAUAAAUUAUCAAUAAACAUCUUUUGCAAUUCAUAAUAUCAUUGGUAGGUACUGCAAAUUCCAUAUUAUAGAUCAAUAUUGUAUGGCUCCUUACGUAGUGUAUUUAUAAAUCUAAAACAACUAUUUUUAUUUCCUUUAGGCUUUAUCAACUAUUAAAGUAGUCUACUUUCUAAAUUAUGACGUCUUGUACGUUCAUUCUUUAUUUUGUUUUUGUUCAGAUAUGUAUUUAGAAAUAUACUUAUUCAUAGAUAGUAGAUAGGUACAUCAUAAGACUUGUUUUUCUUAUGAUUUGGAUGUGUUUUAAAUAAAAUAUAAAUAUAUAGGUUUGCAUUUUCUGUGCGAUUCUGUUUUUUCAUGUAUGCGUUAUUUUUUUUUUCUUGACAAUUAAGUCUAUAACUGAAACCAAGUAAGUAGGUACUUACUAGGUUGCACGAAAAGGACAAUAUGCCAACAAAUUAAUACCAAGCAUUUGUUAACUUAUUGCACCAGUAAUAAAACCCAAUCUAAUAUAACCCAAACAAAAACGUUUUAAUUUUCUCUUGUCUUAAACGUAAUUCAAUUGUUGUAGAAUCAAUUAUUAUUGUUCUUUUUGAAGUGAAACUUCUUUAUCGGGGUUGGAAAAAAAUUUAGUGUAACAGUUUUUCUUAUCCCUACCACGCGUGAUUCGACCGACGCGGACGUAU